AUGUAUAUUGGAUGGUUUGAUAAUUUGGUUCAUCAAAUUCGAUCAACUGAUGGCGCUUUGCUGUAUAAAUUAUGCAAAAAUAAAUUCUCCAUGCAGACUACAUUCACAGAUGCAAUUUCGAAGUCAAAUCAAAACAUUGAAACUGAGAUAAAAAGAGUAUUGCUAUACAUAAAGAUAGGCAUGAAAAUGAAGAAAGACCUAUGGCAGAUAAUUGAGAAGAUGACAGACAAGGAGGUGCAGAUGAUAAUCGUCAAUGGGCUAGAAAGCGGAGACAUAAGAAACGAGGAAUCCAGCAGAGCACAAGACGUGAGGUUCAUAGAAAAAAAGGUCCGAGAAAGGCUGGUCGAGAAAGAGAAACCCAAGGAAAAAGCGGAGAAAGCAGCAAUGAUAGACGCGGAAAGGAAAAUAAUGGAAGCGGAAAUACAUAAAAAAGUCAGAGCGGAAAUAGAAGCAGAGUUCAAAAAAUGGGCGGCACAGCUGAAGUUGGAAAUGCGCAAAAAUGAGAGCACGGAGUUUUUAGUGGGGAUCCAGAAAAGGGUAGCGAGAUUGGAAGUGAAAAACAGAGCAUUUACUAAGAGGUGCUACACCUGCGGAAAACUAGGACACAUAUCGACGGCCUGCUAUUCGGCGGGGCUGAAUGGCCCCGGCAGCAGCAUUAAUAAACGGGAAAGUGCCCAUUUGCUUAAAAAUGGUGGCGAGAGAAAGUCGACAGUAGUAGUUGAAGAGCCGAAAGGCUUCAAAGAUAAGACAGGUGGCCGCCAAUAA